CAGGAAGAAGGACAGGCGCACGCGUGAAGAAGGGAAUGAUGGUGGGAUAGGAAGGCAACGCAUCAAGCUGGAUGAUAGCUAUCGAUUCCCAACAGUUCACUAGAGCUAAUAGAUCGUACAUCACCCAAAGGUAUUUGCUACUACUAGCACUGUAGCUAGUUCCCGUAGAACGACACCCUGGAACAAACAAAAAUGCCGAACAUUAAGAUAUUUAGCGGUAGCUCGCAUCGGGAACUGUCUCACAAAAUCGCCGACCGUCUUGGGAUGGAACUCGGGAAGGUUGUGACCAAGAAAUUCAGCAAUCAAGAAACAUGGUAAGUGUAAACUUUUAAUCUAUAGAAAGCUAAUCUGUUUAAAUCUUAUGUUACAGAAAGAUGAGUGAGAAACGUUACGUUAGCGUGCUGUUUCUGAUGCUGCCUCGCAAUGGUGCUUGGAACUUGUAGUUUGUCACGCAUCACUGGCGUUCAUUUUGGCGCUCAGUUUGUUGUCUUUAGGGCUAGCUACACUUCCCCAUACAUUUCUGGAUAUUGUGAGAGCUGACAACCCAUACAGGCUAUAACCACGAUUGAAUGACACGUUUUGUUAAAAACACAAGUGAAACAAUUGUUACUUGCAACACUGAUGCAACAAGCGGUGUACUUCUCAUUCUGUGCUGUUCAGUACUUUUCUCAUACCAUGGUUGUAUUGUCACUGAACUUAGCCAACUCCAAACUCUUCUCUUGUCACUGCACUUCUAAGGCCCUUAGCGCUAAACACCUGUAGGCUGUGUUUUCUCUGUCUCGUGAUUAUCCAUCACCACGGGGGCCAGUAUGAAAAUGUAUGCACUCACUAACUAUUAGUCUCUCUGGAUAAGAGCGUCUGCUAAAUGACUAAAAUGUAAAAAUGUAAUGCUGUGUUAGCAGAGAGCGUUGUUUAACCUGUCCUCCCCUUCACUCCUCCCCUUCCCUGGGCCCUAACAGUGUUGAGAUCGGGGAGAGUGUGCGUGGAGAGGAUGUCUACAUCGUACAGAGCGGCUGUGGGGAGAUCAAUGAUAAUCUGAUGGAGCUGCUGAUUAUGAUCAAUGCGUGUAAGAUCGCCUCUGCCUCCCGGGUCACAGCGGUCAUCCCCUGCUUCCCCUACGCACGGCAGGACAAGAAGGACAAGGUGGGGGUGAGGGACAGAUGCCUAGUUACUUUACUGUCACACCGCCGACCAUUACACCACAUCACCAGGGUUGGGGUCAAUUCCAUUUAAAUUCCAGUCAAUUCAGAAAGGAAACCAAAUUCCAAUUCCACAUUUUCUUCAUUGAAAAGUACUUCCUGAAUUUUUAUUUUGUAUUUUUAUUUCACCUUUAUUUAACCAGGUAAGCCAGUUGAGAACACGUUCUUAUUUACAACUGCGACCUGGCCAAGAAAAAAACAACUGCGAUAAAAACAACAACACAGAGUUACAUAUGGCGUAAAACAAAACAUAAAGUCAAAAAUACAACAGAAAAUAUAUAUACAGUGUGUGCAAAUGUAGCAUGUUAUGGAGGUAAGGCAAUAAAUAGGCCAUAGUGCAAAAUAAUUACAAUUGACUAGAAUUUUUAAAUGGAAUUGACCCCAACCCUGCCAUUAAACCACAUCACUGACCAGUGACCCGACCACCCAUGUUGCUGCCACUGACUGCAUGGACGGACUCCAGCAGGAAGCCACAUUAGAUGGAUGGGACUGGGAGCAUGCCUGGGUUUUGUUUAGAGUUCAUUUCUCACCGUUUCGUUUUUGCCAUCUCCACUGAUUUAUGUUCAGCCCAUGUGUGAACUCUGAACCGAGUGAGCAGUCAUUGUGGGUUCCGUUUGUAUUGUUGCAGUCACCUGCCUGCCUCCAUUCCUCUGAUUAUUUAUAUCAGUGCAUGUUAUUGUCCUUCCAAUAUAAUGUAUUGGAUGUAUGUAUCUGCCCAAAAUAUACUGUUAACUUUUUGUACAGUAUUACUUAUCUUGGGCUUGAAGGAGCAGAGUAAUUUGAAUAGCCUGUCUGGUGCUUGUAGUUUAGAAUAGCCUGUCUGUUGCCUGUAGUUUAGAAUAGCCUGUCUGUUGCCUGUAGUUUAGAAUAGCCUGUCUGUUGCCUGUAGUUUAGAAUAGCCUGUCUGUUGCCUGUAGUUUAGAAUAGCCUGUCUGUUGCCUGUAGUUUAGAAUAGCCUGUCUGUUGCCCCUUGUGGCUUAGGAAGUAAAUGUAGUACAGCCAACCUUGUAGAUGGAAGACUCAGCUCAUAUCAUGUGAUGUGAGCACAGCAAAUGAGAUGUGUGUGUGUGUGUGUGUGUGUGUUUGUUUGCAGAGUCGGGCGCCCAUCUCAGCCAAGCUGGUGGCUAACAUGCUGUCUGUGUCUGGGGCUGAUCACAUCAUCACUAUGGACCUCCACGCCUCACAGAUCCAGGUCAGGAGCAGAGAGGGCACUGGGGUCUGGCAGUAGAGGUCAGGAGCAGGGAGGGCACUGGGGUCUGGCAGUAGAGGUCAGGAGCAGGGAGGGCACUGGGGUCUGGCAGUAGAGGUCAGGAGCAGGGAGGGCACUGGGGUCUGGCAGUAGAGGUCAGGAGCAGGGAGGGCACUGGGGUCUGGCAGUAGAGGUCAGGAGUAGGGAGGACACUGGGGUCUGGCAGUAGAGGUCAGGAGCAGGGAGGGCACUGGGGUCUGGCAGUAGAGGUCAGGAGCAGGGAGGGCACUGGGGUCUGGCAGUAGAGGUCAGGAGCACUGGGGUCUGGCAGUAGAGGUCAGGAGCAGGGAGGACACUGGGGUCUGGCAGUAGAGGUCAGGAGCAGGGAGGGCACUGGGGUCUGGCAGUAGAGGUCAGGAGCACUGGGGUCUGGCAGUAGAGGUCAGAAGCAGGGAGGGCACUGGGGUCUGGCAGUAGAGGUCAGGAGCAGGGAGGGCACUGGGGUCUGGCAGUAGAGGUCAGGAGCAGGGAGGGCACUGGGGUCUGGCAGUAGAGGUCAGGAGCAGGGAGGGCACUGGGGUCUGGCAGUAGAGGUUCAACCAGCCAGGCUAUAGAGAGAAACUGAGUCCAUCAGAUGUAAAUUCUUCUCUUGCGCCCUCCAAUCCAACAGACACAAUCAGCAAACACACACCACACAUGGAGUUCUAUAGGGGUUAAGUGACUUGUUCAAGGGCACAAUAACUGGGGAUGGUUCCUGGGAUGUGAAACUGCUAAAUGGCAGCCUCUGACACCUGUCUGUGUGUCUCUGGUAUCUCCAGGGUUUCUUUGACAUCCCAGUGGAUAACCUGUAUGCUGAGCCUGCUGUACUGAAGUGGAUCAAGGAGAACAUUGCAGAGUGGAAGACCUGCACUAUCGUCUCUCCAGACGCAGGGGGUGCCAAGAGGUGAGACAGGACAGAGUAGUCAAAAAGCUUUUGGUCCGAGGGCUUUUGGCCAAAAGAAGAAAUUUGACAUCAGAGAGAGGGGGAGGAGACAGGAGAAAAUAAAUAGAGAGUGCUUGGUAAGUAUGGGAACCAUUGUGCAUGCUAGACAACUGCUUCAAAGCACCGCUACUGCUUCAAGGACUUAACUUUCUCUCUUUCUUACCUCAGGUGGUUUUACCCUUGAGCCAUGUCUUUCUUUAACUCUGCCUUAUCUGUGGAGAAAUGGACUUUAGAUUCACACGUUUGUGUGUCUAACUGCUCCUUCACACGAACACAUCUUUAAGCGAUAACAAUGGACUGACUUGGUGACUGUUGUGCCUCUGUGACUUGGCUGGCUCUUAACACUGUGUAUUGUAUUCUGUGUGACAGAGUGACCUCCAUAGCGGACAGGCUCAACGUGGACUUUGCUCUGAUCCACAAAGAGAGAAAGAGGGCCAACGAGGUGGAUCGCAUGGUGCUGGUCGGGGACGUCACGGACCGGGUAGCCAUCUUGGUGGAUGACAUGGCAGACACCUGUGGUACUAUCUGUCACGCGGCCGACAAGUAAGUAAAGUCUCACCUUAUGACCUUGACUAACCUUGACACAUGUAUCUAUGCCCAGGCAAUGGGUGUCUGGGCUGAAUCUUAACCAUACAAAAACAAAUAUUAAUUAUGAUCCUAUAAAUUAAACUGGAUCUCUGAUUUGAAGUCAAGACCUUCGUAUUACAGAGCUGUGGAAAUACCCACCACUAUUUCACAUUUCACUUCUCCUUCAUCUAGGUGGUCCUCUGUAGCUCAGCUGGUAGAGCACGGCGCUUGUAACGCCAAGGUAGUGGGUUCGAUCCCCGGGACCACCCAUACACAAAAAUGUAUGCACGCAUGACUGUAAGUCGCUUUGGAUAAAAGCGUCUGCUAAAUGGCAAAAAAAAAAAAAAAAAAAAAAAUUCUAAAUGAGAGUCCUUGCAGCAAAAGUCAGUGUAUCCAAACAGGUAAAUGUGGCGGCGCUAUAAUCCCAAACAGUUUUUUAAGGAGAUCCUGUCCCUUCACCUUCAGGCUGAUCUCAGCUGGUGCUACCAAGGUGUACGCCAUCCUGACCCACGGUAUCUUCUCUGGCCCGGCCAUCUCCCGCAUCAACAACGCCUGCUUUGAGGCUGUGGUCGUCACCAACACUAUCCCUCAGGAGGAGAAGAUGAAGACCUGUCCUAAGAUACAGGUCAGGGGUCACAGCACUGUCCUUUGAUACAGGUCAGGGGUCACAGCACUGUCCUUUGAUACAGGUCAGGUGGUAUAUUAAUAUCCUAAGAUACAGGUCAGGGGUCACAGCACUGUCCUUAGAUAUAGGGGUUAGGGGUCAAAGGCUAUAUUACUGUCCUAAGAUACAGUUCAGGGGUUAAAGGUUGUAUUACUGUCCUAAGUUACAGGUCAGAGGUUAUAACAGGGUCAUUCACCUUAACAUAAUUAGACUGUCAUACUGUCCGAUAAUGUGACGGUAGUUGAAGCUGAAAUUCUGUUGUUGCUACUGUGAUGAUGUUUAACAACUAAGACAACGACAAGUAGUUUAAAUAAUCUUAUCACCUAAACAGUUUAAAUGGUAAAAUAAUUAAAAUAGUUCACUCUAUAAAUGAGAAAAAGCACAAUGUUUCUGUUUAUAAAUGGUAAAUAGUCUGACAUGUAUCCGGAUGUUUCAUGAACAUAGUUUAUUAUGGAUGAUGUGUUAUUAACCAUCUGUUUCUCCUAUAGGUAAUUGACAUCUCUAUGAUACUGGCGGAGGCCAUCCGCAGGACCCACAACGGGGAAUCUGUCUCCUACCUCUUUAGCCACGUCCCCUUGUAA